AUGAAGCAAUUCUGGUUUGCCACCGCAAUGUGGGCGCCUUCGCGCAUUCUCAUUCUGGCGGUGGUUUGGCUUGGGAUGCCUCCCCUUGCCCAGUCCUACAAGUUGUCGGAGACACCAAUCGACAUUACCAACUCCAACGACCCAACGGUGGCUGAGAAGGUGGAGAAGUUGAUCGAGACGAACUUGUUGCAUGAUGCCGGCGACACGAACGCAAUGCCGGAACCGAAGGAGGAAGGCAAUGCCACCAACGAAACUCGAGGGAUGGGCGCGCUGGCGCAAAAUCUGGAGUUCAUCUUCAUGAAGGUGGCACAGCUCGAGACGGUGGUGCAGUUGCAGCAGGCCGAGAUCAACGCCCAGCAGCUCGAGAUCGAGUCUCUGAAGAAGCAUACAGGUUUGGAGGCCCAGCACGUGGAAAUGGCACGGAAGCACUCCCGGGAUCCUCAUGCUGUCCAGCAUGUCUUGAAAGGAGUCUUUGACAAGCACCACCGCCAGCGUGAGACGCGCGAGUACCACCACCAAGGUCACGAGGAAGAGAGGCAUCCGGCUGAGCCAGCCUCAGAAAGAGCCGCAAGCACUGCGGAGGCGCUGCUGCAGCGUCAGGAGCGCAGUGUCUCGGAGAAGUCGGACUCUUUGGACCACUCUGUGGCCAGCAAGUGGCUCGACCCAAUCACCAGGACAGUCAAUAAAGCCGUUGACGCCGUCGAUGGCUCUGGCUUGACUGGUGGCGCUUUGAAGGAUGCUUUCAACAAGGUGAAGGAGAAGGGCAAGGCUGUUGAGUUCAUUCAGAACACCGUGAUCGAUACGGUCGAGAAGGCAACCACAAUCCUCAUGAACUUCAAGGGCUUCUCCUUCACUUCAAAUUGCCGUACAGGGGUCCCAAGUGCCCAGCUGCAUGGACAAAGGCUUAGCAUUGGCUUCGGUUCCCUGUACUGCUCCGUCACUCUGGUGGGGAAAACGGUCGUUCUCUUCAAUAGCAAUUUCGGCCACAGGGACGUGCACUUUCCAAAUCCCUUGGACUGGCUGCCCGGCCAAAUCAGGGAGCUUACGCACGCGCCCUUUCAGGUCAUCCAACGGAUGUGGUGGUUCAUGAACGACCUCAUGCACCACACCCAUCACUGCGACAAAAACAACCCGUUCCACUGCCUCGCCAAGCGGGUGGCCAGGCACGUCAUGGAGUUCGAACCCCCUUUGAACUGGCUACCAGGGCAGCUGGGUGAGCUGGCAAAAGUGCCCUUUAACGUUAUCCAGCGGAUGUGGUGGUUCAUGAACGACCUCCUGCACCACACCCAUCACUGCGACCAAAACAACCCGUUCCACUGCCUUGCCAAGCGACUGGGCAGGUUCGUCAUGGAGUUCGAACCCCCUUUGAACUUCCUGCCCUCGCCCGUCAAGGUUCUUGCAGGCACGCACGUCAAUUCCAUCAAGAGCGUGCUGGCGAUGGGGAACGAGCUGAUGCGCUGCCAGCAUUUUGAGUCAGGUACAGAGGUGACGAAGUGCCUGGGCAACAACAUCAUCGGGAGCGUCCCUCCCCUCAACUUCUUGAACCACCUGGGUGAGAUCAUCGGCGAAACGAUUGAGACCUUCGCGAAGGCGGCCACGGCUGUGAUGAAAAAGGCCUUGAAGGGCGGUACUUCUUUUGUGCAGAAGGCCAGCGUGUCCGAGUUCCCGGCGGUCGGCAAGAUGCCGGUGGUGCACCACCAGGACGACCAUCUUCUUGUGGAGGCACACUCGCAGCUUCUGCACCCUUCGCUGUUGCAGUACUCCAUGAAUGCGGAGGCAGGAGCGCCAGAGUUCAAGCUGGGGGUGGGCGGAAGUGCGGAAGUCACAAACCUGAUCACCCAGUUCGAUGGCAGGGAGGCCGACACUGGCUCCUGCCUCGCCUUUGCCCCAAGCAGCAAGAACGGCGCCCAGGUGGAGAAUCAUCGCCAGGCCACCAAAGCUGACUGGCAGUCAGCCAAGAAGGAGGACUUCGUGAAGCUGGAGCCCUGGGCGGUGCCCUGCGACAAUGCUUGGAUGAAAGAGAACUGGGACAAGUGGCAGGGUUAUUCCUUCUACACCGCCCGCACGGACAUCGAGAAGUGCAUCUCAGUGUCCUUUGCGAUCUCAAUUCAGCCAGUGGUCGCCUUUGUUGCAGGCUUAUCUGUCGAGCUUCUGCCAAAGCCUCUCUUCAAGUUGAUCACCACAGUGUGCUGGCCAAACCAUAUGCCUGGCGGCCUGGACCUCACAGUGCUGCGCUCGGAGAUCAAAACUGGGGGCGGCCACCUCCUUUUCAGCCGGACGCUGCGCCUUGCGAAGCGCUUCGGCGACCACACGAAGUUUGUGAAAGAAAACCUCCAGGGAGGCUAUCAAACAUGGAGAUCCCCGAUCGGCAUCGCCAAGGGCGAAUCGAGGCACGCUUUUGCCCCCAUGAAGCUCUUGGAGAGAAAGAGCAACGUCUCUUACAGUGCCAGUGAGCAAGGGGAAGCCGAAAAGGGAGAAGCCGAAGAAAGUUCCGAUGUGGCAGAGGCCGAGUCCUCCUACUACUGGAGGACCGAGUCUGAGGACCUCUACAUGGCCUCCAUCGACUACAGCGACCAAGCCGAGGCCAACAAGACCUGGGAGCUCCGGGGCCCCGAGGCCUUGCGGCACCUGAGCGCCAUGCAGGAGGCCCAAGGCCAGGGCAAGGACAGCGUCAUCGAGAUCUUUAAGUUCAAGAAGCCCGGGAUGUCGAACUUCGAGAUUUCAGGCCUCCUCGACGGCAACAGCCUGGAGUUGGGGAUCCAGAUGGGCUUCGGGCCGUACCAAAGCCCAACGAAAAGGGCCCCUCUGGCGGACAUCGGGGUGCAGUUUGCUGUCAUCUUGAGCGCCAUCCCAUGGAUCUCCGUGGAGACCAAGAAGACUGCCAUCCGCGCCCUCUCCGACUUCUCUACCAAGGACGCUGGCCGCGUGAAGGGACUCGAGCUUCGGCCCGGAUCGGUCAUUGCCCUCCACAACAAGGCCCAUAACCGCUACAUGGGCAUGUGGCCUGAUAAGCUUUGGACGAGCCCGGAAGCGACUCCUGACGGCAUUCGUGACUGGUGGACGCACGAGCGCUUCACCGUGGUGGAUGCCGGGGGCGGUCAGAUCGCCCUGCACAACGCGCAGCACAACCGCUUCGUCAAGGAAGGUGGGGUCAGCCCUCACAGAAACGUGAACGACCUCCCGCCUGCCCACGAAUGGGGAGCAGAGCGCUUCAAUGUGGUGGAUCUCGGAAAUGGAGAGGUCGGCCUCAAGUCCCGUGGAAACAAGUGGAUGCAGCUGUCCGGGAAUGGGAUUGGCUGGAAGGGGCCCGUCGAUCAUAUUCCAGAUGGUUGGACGUGGGAGCGCUUCACGGUUGUGGACGCAACACCGAAGCUCGUGCCUGGAACCACGGUGGCCCUCUACAACAAGCACCACCGCCGCUUCCUGGCCAUGCGACGUGACCAUCUGGACCGUACCGGGGAGGUGCCCAUGGAGCUCCCUGAUGGGUGGACCCAUGAGCGUUUCACGGUGGUCCACGUGGAUCAUAAGUACAUUGCACUGCAUAACAGCAGGCACAACCGCUUCGUGAAGCUGGGUGGUGUCAGCCCUCACAGGGACCCAGAUCGGUUUCCUGCCGGAUGGGGCAUGGAGAAGUUUGAAAUGUGGCCUGCCUUUGGUGGGGACGUGGGCCUCUGGCACGACCACAACCGGUUCCUUCAGAUGCGCAACGAUGGCGUCGGCUACAGCCACCAUCCUCCGGCUGGCUGGGCCUGGGAGCGCUUCCAUGUGCUGCCCGUGAAGCCAUACCUGGAGCCCGGCACGGUUGUCGCCCUACACUGCCAAGUACACAACCGGUUCCUGAACAUGCACCCUACCGACAUGGGACGCUCCCCUCCGAAAGCUGCCAGUGACUACCCUGUUUCGGGCUGGACUUGGGAGAAGUUCACAGUGAAGGAUGCCGGGAAUGGCCAGAUUGCCCUGCACAACGCGCAUCACAACCAGUAUGUGUCGAUGAGGGGUGGCGGGGACCUGGGCGUCAGCCCAAAGAGGGGCUACCAUGAGUCUUUCCCUCAUAACUGGAAGUGGGAGUCAUUCACCGUGGUACCUGCCAGCGACCUCUUCGACGGAGUCAUCGGCUUGCACAACUCGGAGCACAACCGCUUCAUUCGCAUGACAGCGCACACUGCCGAUUCCAGCAGCCACAUGUCCGUGCAAGAUUUCCCCCACGACUGGAAUCAGGAGCGUUUCCGCAUCGUCAUCGUCGGAUCUGGAGGCCAGGCAGUGAGCUCAGCCAUGGGCCCACUUCGGCUCAUUCGCGACCUCUGCAUCAACCAUGGCGCUGUGCUUGGUUCCUUUAUCAUCAUCGGGGCUCUUGUGGCCUGGUCCAUCACGGUCCUCCUGAUCGGGUGCCUUCUCGGCUUCAUGGUCAGUCUGUUUGAUGGCGCUGGCAGCUCCCAUGACACCAGCGACGACGUGGACACUGCAGUGAGGAGCUCUCCACUCUCGCUCGUGGCGUCGGCUACUGCUGGCAUGAUCUUCGGCAUCCUCAAGGACCAGCCAUGGGUCAUCCCAACCCUCACCGUGCUCAUCAUGAUCGCUGCAGCUUCUCGUGAUGCGGUGGAUGUCACCUGA